AUGGUGCUGCACCGGGUGAUCCAGGCAGCCCGUGCAGGCGAUCUCUCAGCCCUGAGGAAGCUGUCCUCCUCUGGGUGCCUCACGGUCUCAGCCUCCAUCGCAGACGCCCAGGGGGCAGGCCCGGUGCACCACGCCGCUCGCUGCGGCCGCCUGGAAUGUCUGCGCUACCUGGUGGUGGAGGUGGGGCUGGCGGCCGACGCCCGGGCCCUGAACAGAGCCACGCCCGCCCACGACGCUGCUGCUACAGGCCACGCCCGGGAACUGCAGUGGCUAGUGGACCAAGGGGGCUGCAAUGUGGAGGACCAGGAUGUAGCCGGGGCAACAGCGCUCCAUCUCGCAGCUCGGUUCGGACGGGUGGAGGUCGUCCAUUGGCUGCUGUUGGUUGGUAGCGUCGCCGAGGAGACGACAGACUGUGGGGCCGUCCCCGCCCAUUACGCUGCAGCCAAGGGAGACCUCACCUGUCUGAAACUACUGGUCCACCAUGCACCUGGGUGUGUGAACCGUCAGACUGGCAUCGGUGCCACCCCUCUGUACCUGGCAUGUCAGGAGGGCCACCUGCACGUAGUGGAGUACCUGGUGAAGGACUGUGGGUCAGAUGUCCACCUCAGGGCCCAUGAUGGCAUGACCGGCCUGCACGCUGCUGCACACAUGGGGCACCAUGCCCUGGUCAUCUGGCUGGCCACCUUCACAGACCUUAGCCUGCAGUGCCAGGACAGGGAGGGAGCGACUGCUCUUCACUUUGCGGCCAGUGGAGGGCACCAUCGCAUCCUGGAGAGGCUGCUCCGCAUGGGGGCAAAGGUCAUCAGAGACGACUGGGGGGGCACCCCUCUUCAUGAUGCUGCUGAGAAUGGAGAGCUGGAGUGCUGCAGGAUCCUGUUAGCCAAUCAGGUGAGCCCAUCGGAGCAGGACAUAGAUGGGUUCACAGCAGCAGACCUUGCGGAGUACAACGGACACUACGACUGUGCCGGCUACCUCCGAGCCGUGGAGACACGCGCUAUGUGGGCAGACCAGCCAAUAGAAGAACUAGGUCCGGUGGAGGAGGAUGUGAGGGGGAGACAGGCUGUGGCGUGGCAGCCCAGUAAAGAGGACUACUACCGUCGCCUUAGUGACCCAGGCCGCUACUACUUCCACAAUAACAACAAAACAAAUAUGGAGAGCUUAAAGCAACCAGAGACAGAGGAGUACCCUCAGGCUCAAUACCCUGCUCCUCUGCCUGAACCCACCUCAUCCUCCUCUCAACCACAACCAUCUGCCAUCUACAGUGUACAACAUGUUAUAGUGGCAUCAAAAGUUGUGAAAACUUUAACUCAAAGCAAGGUCAAACCUUCUGAACAGUCUUCUGCUUCUGACAAGAAUCUCCUGGCUGGCAAAAACCUGCUCGGUGACAAAAAGUUCCUCGACAACAUGAAAUCCAUCACAUCUCUGAAACAGACAGAAAUAUCCACAGUAGCUGUAGCACAAGCAAACAGGAUGGUAGUUCUGCCCACGGAAGAGGCCAACCUAUCAGACAUUGACUAUCUGGUUCCCACCCAUGACGAGCGGGGUCGGCCAAUCGCUGAGUGGAAGAGACAGGUCAUGGUGCGUCAGCUACAGGCCAGGCUAUUGGACGAGGAGGACCAGAGGAGGAAGGAGAAUGGGAACAGCACUUCCAAAGCGGUGAACUGGAGGUACUCACAGGCCCACAACGCGAUCCUGGGCCCGUUUGGAGAGCUGCUGACCGAGGACGACCUGAUUUACCUGGAGAAGCAGAUCCAGAGCGUGUCCAACCAGAAAAACUGUGAAGGCUAUGAGACAGAGCUAGCUCGUCUGGCUGAGGAGCUCAGGACCAUCCUGCCAGCUCCCAUCGUCAACAUCACAGCCCACACUCAGUUCAGAAACCCCAACCAGGAGUCUCAGGUCCCUCUGCCCGUGUGGUGCAACCGCAUCUCAGGCAUCGUAAAGAGCAUGUCCCUGCUGAUGGCCAACCUGGCAGACGGGCCAUACUCUAAGAUGCCCAACACAGAGCUAUCCACUGUGUUCUCCCAGAGCCCAGACAGACCCACCUCUACCCGAGGGCGCAGGGAGCAGAUAGAGUCCGAGAUCCAACAGUUUGGGGUUUCUGUCCGGAAUCUGAAGUCCAACUUUGAAGGUCAUGAACAAGAAACAGAAGAAGAGGUCCACACGAUGUCAGCCACACAGGAGGAAGGCCUGGGGUCAGAGGUCAGAGGAACACAGGAACAGCCCAAAGAGAUGAACCCAGCCCCCGAAGCUGACCGGAACAGUGACUCAGGCAUAGUCUGCGAUGACGACAUGACCGACGUUAGGGAAACCACCAGUCUACGGAAGGAACGUAUCGUGGUGCUGUUCCUGGGCCACUGGAAGAAGUCCGCCUACACGGUGACUCUGAAGACCAGAGAGGCCGAGAGGAGAGCCAGUGUGGAGGAGGUUGGUGGUAAACCUGGGGGGACAGAUGGCAGGGGACCACAGAAGGGAUCUCAGAUGCCUCUGGGACAUUUCUUCAAACAGAGGAGUGUCAUCAACAAGAUGAUUGGUGAUUGGAGGAGCAUGAUCUCCAGCGUUCCGUCUCGCCAGAUCCGCCGUCUCCACCGGCAGCAGGCACCAUACUCCCCUGAACAGUUCCUCCCCAAGGUGGACGGGGCGAUGGUGGACUAUGACAGCCUGACCCUUGACCUCUUUAUGCUGGGGUACUUCCACAUCCUGGAACUCGAACUCCCCGCGGACGAGAGGAAGAUGAGACACCUGCUGUGCUUUGAGGUGUUUGACCACGUUGGUCGUUUCACCUGGGAGAGCAUCCGGGAGUUCCACAAGGCCGUCAUGAUGGACAUCGAGGCCGGGAACCGUGAGUGGAAGGACGGCUUCGAGGACAUUAAGGCCAAGUUCUUUGGGAACGUGUCAACGACUCGGUCUGAACUGCCAGAGGAACAACAGUUUCCACCAGAGGUCAGGUCUGUGCCCAUAGUCAUCCUCCAAACCCCGACACCAGAUGAAGGGGCUCUGAUUAAACAAGGAACAGACAUUUCCAGUUUCAGCAAUGAUGAGAUUUGCAAAUACAUAGACAGGAGUUUCACUUUCUGGAAAGACAAGGAGGCAGAGAUUUUUGAUUUUGAGUAGUAGUUGUUUUCACUUGACCUUCUUUAAAAAAAAUUUUUUUUUUUUAAAUAAUUGGUAGUCUUCCGAAGUCAAGUUAUAGUUAUGUAGUCUGCUGAUAUCAAGUUAUAGUAAGGGAUGAGUCUACUGUAAGUGCAUUUUAUUCUGGGUGUGAAUACCUUUGUGUUUUUUGUGAAUAGUUGUAACAGCUCUUAUUAUUUAAAGAGAAAAGUAAGCCUACCGUAAACUUUCCAACCUUAGAAACAGGUCG